UUCCAUCCCACAUAUUUUAGAGACGAAAAUAUGACUACCAUCUCUUGUGAUCCUAGGCUUCACCUUCAAGAAGGCAAGGCCAAUCAUGAAGUCACAGUUGAAGAAAUUGAUGGGCUCAUUAAAGUUUACAGAGAUGGACGCAUUGAAAGACCUCCAGUCGUUCCUAACGUACCUUGCGCUGGGGUUCGAGAAGAUGGUGUGACAGCUAAAGAUGUUAUUAUUGAUAAAUUCACUAACUUAUGGGCACGUUUUUACGUCCCAAUCUACCCUAGCACUGGCAGCAGGCUGCCUUUUCUUGUUUACUUUCACGGAGGUGGAUUCUGUGUUGGCUCAGCUGCUUGGAGCUGUUAUCAUGAGUUCUUGGCCAAUCUUGCUUCUAAAGCAAGUUGCAUGAUCAUGUCCAUAAACUACCGUCUAGCGCCUGAAAAUCGUCUCCCUGCUGCUUAUGAUGAUGGCUUCAACACUCUUAUGUGGGUGAAACAGCAGGCUGUAAUUGGUUCUCCUGAGCAAAAGUGGUGGUCAAGCCAGUGCAAUUUCUCCAGCUUGCUCUUGGCAGGUGAUAGUGCUGGUGCCAACAUAGCUUACAAUGUGUCUACGAGGCUAGGAUCCAAUGUCACAUCUGAAUCCAGUUUAAAGCCAUUGUGUCUCAAGGGCAUCAUCCUGAUCCAACCUUUCUUCGGAGGUGAGGCACGAACUUCAUCUGAGAAAAAUAUGACUCAACCCGCCAAUUCAGCACUAACUUUAUCAGCCUCUGAUGCAUAUUGGAGGUUGUCACUGCCUUUAGGGGCUAACCGUGAUCAUCCAUGUUGCAACCCUCUGGCAAAUGGCACGAAUAAAUUCCGUGAUUUGCAGCUUCCAUCUAUUCUGGUUUGCAUAUCCGAGAUGGAUAUACUAAAGGACAGGAACUUGGAAUUUUGCACUGCCUUGGCUAGUGCUGGGAAGAAAGUGGAUAAGAUUAUUUACAAAGGAGUUGGACAUGCAUUUCAAGUUCUGCACAACUCUCACUUCUCUCAAAUUCGGGUUCAAGAAAUGAUAUCACAUCUCAGGGCUUUCAUCAAUCAAUAAUAAGUGGACCUCUUGACAUUUUGGCUUCCAUGAUUUCAUUUCCAUCUUUCCUUGGUAUCCUGCCAUAUACUUUUGUCAAAAGCUUUUAGAUUUCAUUAAUUAUGUUUAUUUAUAAGUCUUCAUGAACACCACCCACCCCCAC